GUGUGUUUAUGUAUCUUAAUAGGGAUAUGAAAGGAACUGAGUUUUUUACUGACUAUAUUAUUGGCAGUUGUGAAAGUUACUGCAGUCAAAAUCUGUGCUAAUGUGUAUUUAGUGUUGUCAUGUGUGUUUUAGGAGGGCACUAUGUAGGCUACUGAAGAGUCUGAAUAAAUGUACAGGAUCCAGGAUUCAUAUUCUGAUGAAGAAUAAUAUGGAAAUUGUCAGUAUUCUUCUAGGGCUUAAUGACUUUGUCAGUAUGCUAUUGGAAAAUGUCACUGAAUUUGAAAUCAUACCAGAAGGAAGAUGGAUCACUAAAUUAGUUCGUUUGCUAAAAGGAAAUACAACAACACUGGUACCUGGGGAAGAAAGUCCUCAAGUGUGA